ACUUUCCACUCCAAUAAGGGGAGAGAGGAAUCGGAGCCGUCGAAUUCAAAAAUAAGAUGAGACUGACACGUGUCAGUCGGACAAUUGCAUGUGUUGUGCCUCCCCAAAAUCCUAAAAACUAAAAUGAAAAUUGUAAUAACUUGUAUUCUACUACUCCGAAUUCCUUAUAGGAUUCUAGAUCCUUCUCCACAAAGGCACUACUCAUUUUGGUAUCGAAAAGCUGCAAAAGAGGUGAAAGAUGGCUGAUUGGGGCCCAGUAAUAAUAGCAGUGGUGCUGUUCGUGCUUUUGAGUCCAGGUCUUCUGUUUCAAAUUCCGGGAAGGGGUAGAGUAAUUGAAUUUGGAAACAUGCAAACUAGUGGUGCUUCCAUUCUUGUUCAUGCCAUCAUUUACUUCGGACUCAUCACUAUUUUACUCAUUGCCAUUGGUGUUCACAUCUACACUGGGUAAACAAAACUCUUUCUAUUACUCUUAGUCUUACCCCGGAGGAAGGGAUCUCAAUUUCUCGAUCUAUUUUUGUUUUUCAUAGUUUUUAUGUUUACUUGUAUUUCUGUAUUUCAUAUCUAUGUACUAUGUGUUUAACGGAUGGAUCUCUGUGAUAGUACUUUUUUAGUUUUUUGGUUGUUACUUUCUUCAACCCCCUCCCCACCUUCUACUCCAACAGCAGAAAAGAAAGGGAUUAGGAUGAUAUUGUUGUUUUUUGUGAAGAUAUGAUUUCGUGAUCCAUUUUGCUUUGUGACAGUGGAUUUGUCUUUAAUUGCUUUCAAUCUUGGCUUUA